GUUUAUCCUUUUGAUUUCUUUAAAGGAAAUUAGUUAAUCAAUUUGUUAUCCUUUUAAUUUUUAUUUAGAUUUAAUUGUUUGACUAUUUUUGCUCUUAUAUUUGGUCGUUAAUUGUUGGUCUUAAUGGAUCCUGAAAGAGUUUCACCUUACUCUUCUGCUUCUCUUGGCAAUGUGGGCUUUAAAUCACCUUAUCUAAAUCUUGAUCCGAAAAUUUUGUUACCUAAUCAAGGAUCAUCUGAUUACAUUUAUCUUGAUGGUGGUAAUCGUCCGUCUCGGGGUAGAUUUGAAUUGGCUUUCAGUCAAAUUGGUGGAUCUGUCAUGGCUGGUGCGGCGGUCGGUGGUAUAAUUGGUGGUUAUAAUGGUUUUAAAUUGACUUCAGCCAAUUUGGGGGCUGUAGCGGGUAGUCAAGGUGCUCAAGCCCUUUCCUGGUCUGUUCGUCGAUCACAGAUUCUUAAUUAUAUAGCCAAAACUGGUGCUGUUACUGGUAACACUUUUGGUGUUGUUGCUCUUCUCUAUUCAGCUAUUGGUGUGGGCUUAGGUUUCGUUAAUGAAACCAAUGAAGAUGCUAAUACAGUAGCCGCUGGAACUUUAACCGGUAUCAUAUUUCGAGGUUUAUCCAACCCUCAAGCUAAACAAGAUGUUGCUAAAGAGUUGAUUAAAUCACCAAUUUGGCAAGCUAAAUUUCGUCGAUCAUUAAUUGGUGGUUUAAUAGGAGCAACAUUAUCUUCCGUUUUUGUCCUUGCGACAAAUAAAGACAAGUAUCUAUCAAAAUGAUUUAAAUUAACUUAGAGAAUCAACCAAAGCCAACUUAGUAAAAGCACCAUAAAUCAAAUUUUCAUCUGUAAUAUUGUGUAAAUUAAUGUAUUAAAUCUAGUUCUAUUCUAACAA